AUGUAUGGUACGUUAUGGAAAGAAGUUUCAGCUUCAAAUGAGGCUAGUGUUUCAAAUUCUUUAACAUUUCAAGCAAUCUCAGCAACUAGGAAUGUGAAUAACGAUUCAAUUAUAUUAUCUCAAAAUAUAUCAACUACAACUUCAAAAGUAAAAAAUGAGAAGAAAAAUGAAAAUUCAACUACCACUGCUAUAGCUACUAUAGUACCAGUUACUUUUACUACAUCAAAUAACUCGUAUGAAAGAAAUUUGAAUACACCUUUACAAAAAAAUGAUAGCAAUGUCAAAUCUGAAAACUGGGCGAAAUGUAAUAUCAAAUUUGAGAAUGAAUUUGAAAAUAGUAAAAUUGAAGAUAUAUCAGAAAGUGAUGAUGAAUUUGAAAAUUAUUGGAAAAGUAAUGAAUUCGAUAAUGGUACUUCUACUAAAAGAUCAUAUAAAUGUAAAAUUUGUGGUCAAGAUGGGCAUAAUAGACAUGCUGGUGUCGACAACAACAGAGAAAAAAUUAUUCGACAUCGAUUCUUAGAAAAGACUCAUCAUGUAAUGGUGAUGCCACUACCAGUAAAAGACCAUGGAUAUUCGAGACACGUCAUUGGAAUGAUAUUGGGAAUUCCAUUAUUGUUUUUAUUAAUAAUUUGCCCAUUUCUGGAAUUUAUAGAUAUUCAAUAUUCUCAAUAUAUUCCUGGUAAAGCCAAAUUAGGAAAAUUUAUUGUCGAGGCAUGUAUAAUAAGAUGUUUAAACAUGAUGUGUAUGUGGUUAUAUGUUUUAUUCGGUAUUCUAUGGUACGGUGCUGGAAUGCUUGAUUAUUUGCCGAGAAAAGAGGAUAUGACAUGGUACAAUAAAUGGUUUGCCAGUGAAGAAAGUCUGGAAAGUGAAUUUAUAGUUAAUCAAACAGAUAUAGUCGAAUGGGUACAAUCAACAAGAAGAGAAACCUUUGCGAGAUGA